AUGGUUACCAGUCCUACUGCACUGUCUGCCGUCCGCAAGGCAAGGCAAGUGGAUGCUGCUGUGAAGCACUGCAAUUGUAACAGUGUUGGCCUUUCUCAAGUUUUCUGGAAUCUUCUCAUUAUAUCAGAUAUGAAGAAAAAGUUUGUGGAGCGUCGUUACCAGUUCUUCAUCUCCAAACUUGUAGGCUUCAGCUGUUCUGAAUUUGAUAGCUACAUUUCUCAGCUCAAAGGAUGUCUGAACACACUGGAGAACAACAGUACUGGGGAGAGAAUCAUCCAUCAAUCCAACUGCAGCACUGGCCUAAAAGAUUUCCAUUUCCACUUGAAACAAUUUGUGUGUGAAUCAUCUCACAGCAACUCAGCAGAGGGAUCAGGGUGUAAGCUUUGCCCCCCAAACUGGCUACUGCACAGGGACAAGUGCUACUGGGUGUCAAAAGAAAAAUAUCCUUGGAAUGAGAGCUGCAAUGACUGUUCAAGGAGGAGCUCUCGGCUGCUGGUGCUCCGGGACCAGGAUGAGAUGACUUUCAUACAAACUACUUCCAAAGACACAAACCACAUCUGGCUUGGACUCAUUUUUACAUCCCGUGCGAGGAAAUGGACUUGGGUGGACGGCUCCCUGUACAAUCAAACACUGUUCAAGUUAGUGGAUCCUGCUGAAGGGAAAUGCGGGGUGAUAAAAGCAGAUGGGAUUCAGUGUGAAACCUGCACUACAGUCUCUAAAUGGAUUUGUGAAAAAGAUGCUCUCCUCAUUAGCCAGUGACAUUAAUCUCCUGUAUUUUCUAAGUAUGAAGUAAAUGUUCUUUAGUUUGUCACAUGAAUGAUGAAUAUUGAAGGUGAGCUUCAAAGACAAAAAUUAGGCUCAUACCCCACCCGACACACCUUUUAUA